AUGUCGGACUGGGAAGCGGACAGCGACGAGGAGUUCCGCUCCGGGAGCCGGCCGCCGGCGCCCCCGCUGCCGGAGUGGCAGCCGGCGAUGGCCCCCGCCCAGGGCCGGAGGAGCCCAGCGUCCCCGGUGGGCGGCAGAGGGCGAAGCGGAGCCACCGGGCCCUGGGCUGAGGACCAGGAGAAGAGGUCGGCCCGGAGAGGCAGCGGCUGUAGGAGGCUGGAGGGUUCGCGGCCGUUCCCGUUGCACGCACCCCGGGAUCCCUGGCUGUCGGGCCCUCUGGAAUAUCGGCCCCGCGGCCCCCCCAGGGAUCGGGGCUUGGGGGUGCCGCUCUGCUUCCACCUGGACAACGCCAUGAUCGGGACUAUCAUCGUGCAUUUUGUAACAGGUCGGGCUGGAAGUAAAAUAAGAGAACUUGAGGAUUCUUCAGGUUCUAAAAUACAGGUUAUAAGAGGAACAUAUGAAGCUGAAGUAAAGAUUUUUGGCAGUAAUGAUACACAGAACAAAGCCAAAAUGUUGAUAGAUGAUCUUGUUAAGAGGUAUGGCCAAAAUUACCCUGGAGACAGGACUGAGAAAGGUUCCCUCCAACACCAGGAUUUUGGCUCUAGUUAUUCCACUGAAAGUCAUCGUGAUCUUGUCAAGUCUGGAAAUGACCCACAGAAAUCGGUGAUUAACUGGGCAUCUCUUCGAGAAAAUAAAGCUAAAUAUGAAGCUAUGAAGUGGGCAGAUUUGCCUCCAAUGGAGAGAAACUUUUACAAAGAAUCACAAAAGAUUGCUUCCAUGCCACAAGAAGUAGUGGAGAAGUGGCGAAAAGAAAAUAAUAAUAUAAUUUGUGAUGACUUGAAAGAGGGUGAGAAGCGCCAUGUUCCCAAUCCUGUUUGUAAAUUUGAAGAUGCAUUUCAAUAUUAUCCUGAUGUUAUGGCAAAUAUCAGAAAAGUUGGCUUUGAGAAUCCUACGCCAAUUCAGUCACAGGCUUGGCCAAUCAUACUUCAAGGAAUUGAUCUCAUUGGUAUAGCACAGACUGGUACUGGGAAGACAUUAGCUUAUUUAAUGCCUGGAUUCAUUCAUUUGGAUUCACAACCAAUCCCAAGAGAUCAGCGUGGUGGGCCAGGUAUGUUGGUCCUCGCUCCCACUCGAGAACUAGCUCUUCAAGUGGAGGCAGAGUGCUCAAAGUAUACAUACAAAGGAAUUAAAAGUAUUUGCAUAUAUGGUGGUGGGGACCGAAAAGGACAGAUAAACAUGGUUACCAAAGGUGUGGAUAUUGUUAUUGCUACUCCUGGUAGACUGAAUGACCUUCAAAUGAACAACUUCAUAAAUCUGAAGAGCAUAACAUACUUGGUUUUAGAUGAGGCUGAUAGGAUGUUGGAUAUGGGAUUUGAACCUCAAAUAAUGAAGAUCUUACUAGAUGUACGCCCUGACAGACAAACAGUCAUGACUAGUGCUACUUGGCCAGAUGGUGUUCGCCGCCUUGCAAAAUCUUAUUUGAAAGAUCCUAUGAUCGUAUAUGUUGGCACUCUUGAUUUAGCGGCAGUAAAUACAGUAGAGCAGAAGGUUGUUAUUAUCCCAGAAGAAGAAAAGAGAGUUUUUACACGCUACUUCAUUGAUACUCUGAAGCCUAAAGAUAAAGUCCUCAUAUUUGUGGGAAAGAAACUUACAGCUGAUGACUUAUCAAGUGAUCUUAGUCUCCAAGGAAUUCCAGUUCAGUCUCUUCAUGGCAACAGAGAACAGUGUGAUCGAGAACAAGCUUUGGAUGACUUUAAGAAAGGCAAAGUGAGAAUACUGAUAGCUACAGAUUUAGCAUCCCGUGGACUUGAUGUACAGGAUAUUACUCAUGUUUUCAAUUUUGAUUUCCCUCGGAACAUUGAAGAGUACGUUCAUAGAGUAGGUCGUACUGGACGAGCAGGACGCACAGGGGAGGCUGUAACGCUUGUCACUAGGAAUGACUGGAGGAUUGCAUCUGAGCUGAUCAGCAUUCUUGAAAGAGCAAAUCAAGUAAGAAUAUUUACCUUAGCAGGGCAAUGUGUACAUAGCUCUCAAUUGUUUAAAUAUGACUAG